AAUGCUAUUGAAAGUGAUACGAUUGAUCCCUUAACGAAGGAAUCUGAUACCGAAACCGAAAACAUUUCUGAAAGUACAUUACAGUUUGAAAACUUUGAUAAAACGGUAGAACCAGAUGAAGUUUGUGACGGAAAGCAAUGCUGCUGAAAAUCAUGACGCACCAGUUACUCCAGACACUAAAGAACAGUUCUCAGAAUUCGUCACCGAGGAAGCUAUUACCGUGGGAAACAACAUGGAUCCCGAUGAAACAAUAGGCGAUAAACCGAAAGAGGUUGACGAGCAAAUAAAUCCAUCGUCGGAAGUAGAUUUGAACAUUAUUUCAACCGAUUGUGCUUCCGUACCGAUUCCGACUCAAAAUACAGAGGAACUUGGUGAGGAUUCAGUCGAUGCAAAAUGUAAUGAUUCACUCGAUGCAAAAUCUGAUGAUUCCGCCGUUGGAAAACAUGAUGAUUCGGUCUGUGGAAAACAUGAUGAUUCGGUCGUUGCAAAACGUGAUGAUUCCGUCGAUGCAAACGAAUCAUCGGUUUUGUCAAAUAUGAAUUCAACCAACCUAGAAAAUCCUAUCGUGUCAAAUAUGGAUUCUAUUGGUGCAGAAGAAUACGUUGUUGCAAAUGCAGAUUUUAUCGGAGCAGAGGAACAUAUUGAAUCCAAUAUAGAUUCAACCGAAGAAUCUGCAAUAGAUUCUAAACAUGACACGGAUGUGAUUUCUUUGGUGACGGUCACCGUGGAGACGAGUGAUGAUCGCAUCAACAAAGCUGAAGCAGAAAGCGCAGUUACAGCACUUUUUAUUACAAACAUUCAAUCGGAUAAGGACAAACAGAUCACCACAAAAGAAAGGCAUAAGAGCGAAACGAAUUAUGAUAGUGACGCUAGUGACGCUACUGUCAGGUAUUCUGAUGACGAAGAUCAUCACUCGCUUAAAAUAGACAUUCCUAUGGAGGACGACGAAAGUGUAAAGAACCCGACAGAGACAUCGAAUGAGGAAACCAUUGAUACAGUGGAUACGGUAUCCAGUAUCACACCUCAAAACAUUCCUGUCGAUACCACGAUAAUGGAUGUUUGUGAAAACGAAAGUUGUCAAACCGCAGCACCAACUCCAUUAUUGGAAUCAACAGCUGCCACAGUGGAUCCUCAACAAACUGUUGGGAAACGGAAAACGCGUGUGACAAACAGUGUGACAGUAAAGAAAACUACCAAACCAGAGACCGUUAAAACGCCUGCUCUCAGGCAGAAACGUAAAUAUGUUAGAAAGGCAGACAAUGUAACUAAAAAAUCUCGCACAGCCAAAACAACAGAAGAGAAACUCACCCUUACUAUCUCAAGAUCUCCAAGGAAAAAUUUGAAAGAAUCACUAGACACGGAUUCUAUCGAUCAUCCGGGGGAUAGCGUGUGUACAAAUGACAAUGACAACCGUAAGGCAACUAGAUCCAAACAGUCAGUAAACGGUCGAAAUGUCCCGAGGAGAAUGCAUUCCAGAAGGUCUCGCCUUACAGUAACAAAGAAACGUAAACCAGGAAAGAAGGACGGAUUGCUAGACUUUCCUGACAUUAAGAAAAUCAUAGAAGGUGGUGCCGAUCAAUCUGUUAUAGACGAAGAUGAACUACCAACGAUCCUGCCCCCGAAGCGACGAAGAGUGAAUUCUAAGGGUACUCUGAAGUCGAAAAUAACUGUCAGUGAUAUGGAUAGGCUCGUCCAAGAGUUCCCACGCCACAAUUGGUUAGAGAACAAAUACAAAAAGGAAGAGGACGUCAGCGAUAAUCAGGACAAGGGUGCAAUGUUAGAACCUAAUGGGGAUUCCCCGCAAGGCCUGGGCAAUGACACUAAGCCAGACGUGGAUACAAUCGACAUGGAAGUUUCCACGACGACCGCUGUAGACGAGAACAUCGACAAUGAAUGCUCUAACUCCCUUAGGGAAGAUACUGUAACAUCAGAAACUAUCAGUGAAACCAAAGCUGGGAAAGAUGUGGUAUCCCCUAAUGAUGAUACACCUCUGAAUUUAUGUGUGAAGCUAUCGCCAGGUCAGAGAGAACAAUUGCCUAGGGGUAUUCCACUCAUGCCUAAGGAAACAUCAGAUCCACACCCUAUAAAAGCAAUAGAUAGUAGUGAACCUACAGAUUUAUCAUGUAAAGCAAACGUGGACGACCAUUUGAACGGCAGUGACGUGAAACAUUUGCAAGGAAACAUUGGCAUGGUUAACUUGUCCUGCACGACGUCCUCAACAACUACCACAGAAAGUUCAGGCCAUACCAAUGAUAUCUAUAGUCCUGUCAACAUAUCCAACACCACAGGUAUUAGCUCGAAGAUUAAUUCAGGCAGUGCAUUUCAAGUGACUAACACUGUGUCCUCAACAUCACCAGCGGUCCAUUCUUCACAGGAAAGAGGUGUUCCUAAAACCUUCACUAGUAAUGAGGUUAUGGAAAAUCACCCAAACAAAAUAAACGUGUCAAAUGCGUGCGUGACUCAAAAUAUGUCUCCUAAAUCGAAAGAGCUUGACAAGGAGGUUUAUAAGCACUUGAGAGAAUAUCGACUAAUCCAGGAACGCGAGGCUCGAAUGGCACAGGAGAGGGCAGAAUUGAUCAGGCUGAAGAACGAAAAAGCAAACCUGUUAAGACAAUUAGGCAUCCAAAGAAAACCACGCAAUUUAAACGGUAGCAAUUUGGGUAUCCGUCCAAUAAAUGGGGAUCCCAAUCAAAUAUUUGCCCUUGACCUUGCAAAUACGUCUCAUGGAACUCUGUCCCGCGAAAAGCAGUCGAAAUGUCAGGCUGAAUUACUAGGGAAAAUCAACAACGCUUUGCGUUACAGAAAAAGGCUUGGACAUCCUUCUCGUCUUACCCAGCUAAGACCGACAGGUCAAGCUGGCAACCCGGCUCCCGCUCAUAUGUCAGUCGGAGAAAACAUAGUGGGGCUUAGUCAGGAAAUUGAAAAAUGCAAAGUACAAAAACCCGCUCAUAUGGACAUAACUGGUCCCUUCAUGAAGAGGAAAGAUCCACUCACAAGGCCACCUUUCGAAUUCUCUACCAGUCAACCGUCAAAGAGCGUACCACCCCUGGCCCACAGUCAGACUCCAUUCCAGAGUGCUGGCCAACUGAUUUACCCGUUGCCUUCAUUUCUGGAACAUAAAACAAAAUUAAGUCGAAAGCUACAAUCCAACAUUAGUAAAGAGGGAUCAGCCUCCACAAAUACAACCACAUCUGUUUCGUCGCCAUGUGUAAAGGGGACCGAUUUAUCUGAAGCUAAAAAUAAACAGAACAUCAGUCCUGAAGUUAGUCUUAAAGGGAACGUUCAGUGUGAGCGUCAGCAAGAAAUAAAACCAGUGUCGUGUCCUCAAAAUGUUUCUACGUUAAUUGAUCAAACGGCUACAAAUACAGUUACAACGUCCUCAUGCACCAGUGUCCAAAUACAGGAAACACAACAAUCACAAGCGGUAGAUAAGCAUCAAGAUACUGAGAUGGUUGUUCAGCGGGAAUUGACUGAAGCAUUGGCAAAACGCCAGAAAUUUGACGAUCCUGAAAUUUCGACUCAAAAAUCUAAAACAGAUCAAUCACACAUUCCAAACAGCUACUCGAUCGAUCCAAAGCUUUUUCAGAGUAUUCAAGAAAAUGCACAGGAAAAGAUCAAAGAAGCAGAGAGAAAACAACAGCGGUAUACCCAAAGAGUCAAUCAGCAACAAACACGCCAACAAAUGUUGAAAAUGCAACACAAUUCACAGCAAAUGCAAAAGGACUUAAUUGUACGAGAGCAACAACAUAAACAAAUGAUGAUGCAAAAACAGCAACAACAAUAUAUUCAACAGCAACAACAACCACCACAGCAAUUUAAGCGACAAGUACAACAACAUAUUCAGCAGCAACAAAAACUACAACGACAACAACAGGCAUUACAACAGCAGAAACAGCUACAACAGAAGCAACAUCCACAGCCACAAGAAAACGUCAUGCAGCAGGUACAACACCACAACAAAACACAAGUUAUUCCGCAAACUGUCCAACCGAUAGUGUCACAGGGUAUAUUCCCUGCUACGCAUAUGAACAUAAACUCGAGCCAGGGUCAAAUACACCCACAGGUUGUUUCAUCAGGGCAGUCCCGUUUUAUGACACCUUAUAGUGGUCAGAAUGUGAAUCCAAUGAUUCAGACACAGUUAGCCAAUAGACUUCGAGUUCCUGUUAAUAUUACAAGCCAAAGUUCGAACAAUAUUACAGUUCCUUCUGGACAGUCUCGCGAAUCCGGUAGCCAAGACCAAUUACUCGUGCUCCAGCGGCCUCACGCUGCUGUAACAACCAUGCCACAAUCAAAUACGGUUGAUCAAUCCCAGCGCGUUCUCGUUGGUGCAAGAACAGUUUCCAGAGGAAGUGGUGUGAGUGGUUUCAACAUUAACGUAAAUGACACUUCAAAUAAAGAUCACAGACCACACAGACCAAGUGUUCCAGAAGCUACCGACAGUGACAUUCACUUCCCUAUUUCGUUUCACCCGGCAGGUUCACAUGGACAAGUCGUAGUUCAGACUACUGCCGUAAACAGCAGAUAUCCAGUAGUUACGGCUCAUCAGAACCGCAAUACGCAUGUCCAUGUUGAAAUUCCCAGCAGCAAUACGCCACUACAACAGUCUUACGUGACCCAACAUCAGCAACAACAACCAAACGCUAGACCGGAAGUCGUUGCGCGAGUGCCUUCAACUGUACAGGCGGCAUUACAAAAUAAUCCUACAAAUACUCAAAGCAACAACACUGGAAAAAUAAUGAAUUAUGGCCAAAUACAUACGUCCACCACUGUUCAGCAGAGCCCUAGAUAUACACGUGAUCUACCUACAACACCCGCGUACUCGUCCGGUGUAGUAGUGCAGCGAGAAACACCCCCUCAGCUCCAACAAAUCAACGGCAACUGCAAAGUGUGUGGGAAGUCGGCCAUGUUCCUCUGUUCUAGCUGCAAACUCGUCUGGUAUUGUAGUCAGACAUGUCAGUUGAACCAUUGGGUUUCCCAUUCUCACGAAUGCAAAUCUUGAACGAUGUCCCUGGACACACAAGCCAAAUUGACAUGAAAAACAGAAAUGUUGAAAUGGUUCUCCAGACUAAAAAUAGACGUAGAAAUAUGUUGAAAAUGUAACAAUAAAAUUUAAGAAUAUAGCAAAGACUAAUCUUCCCCCUGCAUUAGACUUAAUUCCAAACCUAUCUUCGAAAGCAGCUGUUAACUUCCAGACAUCGACAUUUCAGAUUGUAUAUGUCGUCUGUACAAGCGGAUUAGAUUUGGUUUAAUGCCCAAUAAGAGGUGAUUUUGUUAUUUCGCCUGUUGUACGUUUAUUACUAUAGGGUACCAUUGCUGUAAACAUUUUAUGACUUGCACUAUAUUUGACAACCAUACCAGAUGAGUGCCUUUCAAAACGUUUGCAUAUUGUGACAUUUUCAUCCAAAACCUUUGCUUACUCAAACUUACAAAGUGAGGAUUGAAUAAGCGUAGUGCCUCGUUACUAUAACAGAAUAAGCAAUAUAAUUGUAUAGUUCAUGAAUUUGCAUACGACAAGCUUUAAGCGGUUAUGACUUUAGUAUAGCAGUAUUACCUGUGGUACCAGUGACAUCCUAACGAAGCACCGUUACUGCUUGAUCUCGCCAAGCUUUGAAACGCUCUCUGGGAGAUCGUAUAUAAUUGAAUAGUAUAUCGGUACUAUCAUUAAAACAAAUGGUCUCAUCUCAGGACAUUACUGUACGCAAUAUAGUAUCAAUUUAUAGAUUUCACAUUCUCUAAGUAUGGUGUCCCCCUUUUCGGUCAAAAUUAAAGCGAGUUAGUAUUAAUUGUCAAUUGGCAAUGAUUAACAUGUAUCGAUGAGGCACAAAAGCUAUUUAACACUACGUUUUUGGGUAUCUGUGGGCAACAAUGUCUUUAAAAAAUACUGCAUUUUAAAGAAAAUGAAACUAGUGGCAACUAUGGCUAACAGUUACCUUUGCAUAUAUAUAAGGGCAAGAAUGGCUGCGAUAAUAAAACGGUUACAUAAUAUCUUUGGGCAACAAGAGUUAAAGAAAAUUUAUAUUUUACUAAUAUAAUGACGUGUGUGUUUUUUUGUUGUUGUUUUUUUUUUUUUUUUUGUGUGUGUUUGGGCAACGAAAUGUGUAAAAACGCUACGUUUUCCGUGUCUUUAUAAACUACCACGUCUACAUAUAUCUUUAAGCAACAACUGGCAAAACUACUAUGUUAUAUGAUAUGCUAUGAUAUACAGUAAUUAGAUCAGAAAUACUCGUUUCAAAGCUAUGUUACUUUUACAGUUGCAGACAUCAAUUUACUUGCUUCCCAAACAUUCCUCGACACUCUUGGCCGGAAUGUAGGGUAACACAGCAGAUACAGGUAUUUGAUUAUUGAUAGCGCUCAAUUAAUCCACCUUGUAUGUAACCACGUCAUCGAAUGUAAAAUAAUCGAGCGUGAGAAAUUAAGUUGUUUUAGUUGUUUUAUUCGUGUCCAGUAAGUAUCAUGUAGAAACGUGUGUUCCGCUUAUAUAUGUAAUAUGUCAAUAUGUUAAUGUGAAUACAAUUAUUUGGCUUUAAAAUAUAAUGCUCAAUUCAUAAUGUGCCUUUAAGUUUGUAAAUAGUGCUUUGUCUGUCCGUUACUGUCUCUAUCCCUUCUGUGAAACAGAAUUAUAUAAGUAUAAUCAUAUAUAGGAUACAUGCAUGUACGUUUCCUAACUAUUCCUACAACAUGCACGUAUUUUAUUUAUCAUAUUUUUCAUUUCAUAAUUCAUUAACUUAUUUAAAAACAUGAUAUGGGAGCCAUAACCAACCUAUGCUUUUUAAAGCGCUAUGCAUAUAUAUAUUUAUUAUUAUCAAAGUCAUGGGCAUUAUUCCUUUAAUGUGUUCAGUGAAAUACUAAACCGGCCUAUGGCUAUAUAUAGAUAGUGGGUUUUAAUAUAAAAGACAAAUGGCGAGUAAUUAUACCGAUCACAAUAAACAAGAAGCUGGAUUUGGUAUUUUAUUUAGAGUAGAUAGCUUCUCUAAAAUGUUUCUUUUAUGUGUGAGAAAACGAUGAACGAGAGAAAAUAUGUAAUAUAUAUGAAUUACUGUAGUAUAUUAGCGUGUUCUAUAUAAGUAUUUAUGUGAUUUCUUCCACAGACAUGUAACUAAUGUAGCCAACAGAUAAAGAGAAAUGAACAUGCGAGUCGUAUCUAUUAUUAUCUUCCAAGGACAGCUAAAUCCUAGUAUAUCAGUGAUAGCUUUCAUAAAAACACCAUGAAACGCAAAUCAUUUCAAAAUGUAUGUGUUCAUGUUCCGAUUGCAUUUAGAGGUCGGUUUCUAUAACGAAAGCUUGUCUUUAUAAAUGUCAACGUCCGUUUUUAAUCUUUCGAAUGUCAAAUUACGUUUCAUUUCAUCUCCAGUAUAUUUGUACAAUGACUAAUGAAAACACUGUCACUUUCUACGAUCUAACGAAUUUGAUAUUCAUGAAAUGCUCAAUAUGCAGUUUUAUUUCACCGUGCAUGUCAUGUUUUUUUGUAUAAUAUCUUCGAACGUUAUUUACGUUUUAACAGUUUUAACAACCUUCUAAAAUAUAUAUAUAUAUUACUGCUUCAGUUUGGUAAUGCAUGCUGGAACUGUGUACUGAAUAGUGGCUUGUAAAGAUUACUUGUCCUUAUAAAGAUAAUGGCUUUGUUUCUAUGAUAUUCUAAUCUACCUGCUUACACGUUAUCAUGACCUAGUAAUGAUAACGUUUUAUCAGCAAGCCAGCUAUCGUAUACAAGAAAAAGAUUAUCUUACCUUAUCGGGGGUAAUGUACACGUACUAUUUACUACUGAAAUCAUUUACUCUUUACAUAGAGGUAUACUCUGGUAUUUACGUCUUUUAAUUAUGGUGUAGAUGUGAUGCAUACAAAGCAUGGAUGUAUAUGUACCUGAAGUGUGAAUUGCAUUCGACUUCAUCCCUGUUUUUUCUAUUCAUAUCUAUAAUAAUAUUCAUCUCAUCAAAAUCAGUAAUUUAUAUCAAAUGAAAUUCCAACUGUUGAGUGGAUUUUUUGUUUAACAUUAUUCAUAAUACAUCAAAAUUAAGUCAUUAAGAUCUCAUCAUUUUAAUAAGAAUUGUAUUACGAAUAUGAAUGCUAUAUAAAUGUGGACUCUUCUUGUGAGUGCGCGUGUGGCCUGCCAAGGGGUUAGUGAUUUUUAUACUAUUUUAUAAAACAACACAUAUGUUGUAUUCCGACUUAUUAAUCCAUAUUGUUUGUAAAAUUAAUAAUGUAGAUUUUUAUAACAAAUAUUUGUACUUUGUUACACAUAAGUUUGAACGAAAUGAUGCCAUAUAUGAGAAAUAAUAAAAGGAAAUAAAUCAAU